CAUUAUUCAAAUUUAAUGUAUAUAGACAAGGAUAAUUUCUUGAAAGUAAUUCUUUUAUUCAAUUUACAUCAUCCAAAUAUUAUUUACUGGAUAUCUGUCAUACUUUCCAGCUUCCGUACCUUCUGGAUGGGUAUAGACCAAAGUGCCAGGCGCCACAUGUCACGAGAGAGAACAGACUCCAUAUUAAAAGUACUUGUGAAGCACUUUUUCAUAGAAAAAGAAGUCACAUCAACUCUGGUCAUGGAUUCAUUGUACAGUGGACUGAAGGCUCUGGAAGGACAGACGAAGGGGAAUAAAGAUAAGGGAAAAUAUUUGGAGGCAGAAGAAUUACCAGUUCCUAUUGUUCGCAUUGAGAAAGAUAUGUUUGUUUUGGUGGAUGAUGUGUUACUACUACUUGAGAGGGCUGCCAUGGAACCUUUGCCUCCAAAGGAUGAGAAGGGUCCUCAAAAUCGUAUUAAGGAUGGGAGUGCUGGAGAGGAGUUCAACAAAGAUUUUAUUGAACGUGAUGAGAGGCGUCUUACUGAACUGGGUCGUCGGACAAUUGAAAUAUUUGUCUUAGCCCAUUUAUUCAGCAGUAAAAUUGAAGUCGCAUACCAGGAGGCUGUUGCUUUAAAGAGGCAAGAAGAGCUCAUCCGUGAAGAGGAGGCAGCUUGGGUGUUCGAGAAUGAGCAGAAAGCAAAACGUGGAGCAACUGAUAAGGAAAAGAAGUCAAAGAAAAAGCAGGGAAAACAAAAACGAAAUAAUCGCAAAGCCAAAGAUAAGGGAAGGGAAGAUAAAGCUGACAUUGUUCUGCAAUGCAAGACUGAGCCAGAUACUCAUGCUGGUGAAAGGAAAGACUUUUUAUCCAUGGAUUCCAAAAUCGUACUUGAAAAAGCUGAUGCAAUGGAAGAUGUUUCUGAUGUAUCUGAUGCAGUCGAUUGUGUUUCAGAAGUACUUUGCCCUGAUGCAGAAGACAGAGAUGUGAAUCCUGUUAAUUGGGAUACUGGUACUGCUGAAAUGCAUCCUCCCGUAGAAGGCAGUAGCAGUGUGGUUGAUGAGCUUUCCAGUGUUCAAAAUGGCAUAGCAGAGAGAACCCCAUCUGCAGUGGACGAUAGUUCAUCCACAUGCUCGACUGAUUCAGUCCCUUCGGUUGUAAUGAAUGGUCCUUAUAGAGGAAAUCCUCCAAACCAAAAACACAUACAAUCACCGAGCAGAGUGAGGAACCAUCGAGGCAAGGUGGCUUUUGACGCGGUUGACUUGGCUAAUGAAACACCUAGUCAAUCACUUGAAUCCGUGUCAGUUGCAGGGAAGCAAACUGAUCAAUCUGGAGCAAUAAGAGGGUCUGUGUCUCGAACUGUUGUUCAAUCCUUCCAGGAUAGGGUAAACUGGUCCAUGCAGCAUGUGGGAAAGGAGAAAGUAAUAGUUUCACCACAGAGAUAUAUUAGUGCCAAGGACGUGGCUCGGGUGGAAGCAUCUACAGAGAAGACAGCUGGUGUAAUAUCCUCUCUCAGGAGCCCUUCCAAAAGUGUUCCUUCUACUGCUCUGCCAACAUCAGAGCCAACAAUUAAUGCUGCCAGCAACCAUGUCGUGGUUGGGAAACCAUCUCCAGACAGCAUAAAGGAAGCUGAUAGAUCACUGAGAUUGGAAACUCUAGCUGCAAACUCUGCCCCAUGGAAACCUGGUGCUCAGAAAAUUGAGACUCCAAAACUGGCUGAUAAGUCUUCUGGACAGCAACUACCUGCUACAAGUGAAAGGACUUCUGGACUGCAAGUGCCCGUCGCAACUGAAAAGCCUUCUAUGCAGCAAGUGCUGGUCACGAACGAAAAGCUUUCAAAACCAAAAAUGCCUAUCGUGUCCAGACCCUUGAGUGCUCCUCUUACUCNUUUUUUUUUUUCACCCUCUUUUAAGAAAUGUCUAGAGGCUGAUCGUUUCUCCCAAUCAGCUAUGGCAACAUUAUAUUGUUAA